UCCAAGGUGCCUCUGGUGCUUUUCACAUCGACUCUUUCUAUUCAACUUCCCAGAAUUGGCAUCUACAAAUUUAACGGGAAUCAGCCAUUUUCAGCUUUAAAGACUGAUGAUGAUUCAAAGUCCUUCAACAGGAAGCUUGAGGGUGUCAAUCUCAAACCCCAGGCUGCUGCAUCUAAAUCACUCUCUCCUUCCUGCAGUCAAAGCUCCUGUUCUAGCCAAUCUUGUUCCAGUGGGACACAGCUGCAUCCUCAAGCAUCGCAUGUUGCAGGUCAUGAAGAUCCAAUUGUCAGGGAAAAUUCCAGUGAUAGUGUACUUGAAAGGGCUGGAAGUGAUGCAGAGCUGCACAUGUCAAGUGAUGAAGUACCAAGCUCCUGCCAAGAUCCCAUAGCCAUAAAUCUCUUAGUGACCACCCUAAAUCAGAUGCCCUCUGCCCAUUGCAAAGAAUACAGGUGGAAACUCCCAAAGAGGCAUUCAGAGAUUUAA